GGGAGGUGCGGUGCGGAAGCGGAAGUGGAGGGUGCGCUUGGCGGCGGCGGCGGGAGCUGCGGAGUCGGGAAUCAAAACAAAGGGCCUGGGGGGGGCGGGGGGAAGGCGGCGGGGCCGGAAUGUGAGCGGAGGUGGAGCUGGCGGUAGAGGGUGGAAGGAUGAAAGAAAAGAAAGAUGAAAGAAUGUUGAACCACUUUGUAUGGCUGUAUGAUGGAAGGCAACGGAAGUGAGAACUCUUGCAGUAGAACCCUUGGAUGGCUUCAACGAGAUAACGAUGCUAAGCCAUGGCUUUGGAAAUUCUCUAAUUGCUUUUCUCGUCCUGAGCAGACGUUGUCACUUAGUCCCCAAACGAAAGAUUACAUGGAGAACCAGAAAGUCGCUGUGGAGUUAAAGGAUGUGCCAUCUCCCCUUCAUGCUGGCUCUAAGCUUUUUCCAGCAGUCCCGCUUCCAGAUAUUCAUUCUGUCCAGCAACCUAAAAUACAGCUUUCAGCCGUCCCCAAAGUAAGCUGCUGUGCUCAUUGCUCUAAUGAACCCUCCACUUCGCCGAUGCAUUUUGGUGGUGGCGGUGGUGGCGGCGGCACUAGCGGAGGUGCUGGUAGCUUGAUUCACACGGGCACACUGUUAGACUCGCAGAGCACCAGGACAAUCACGUGUCAGGUAGGGUCCGGGUUUGCUUUCCAGUCUGCCUCUUCACUCCAGAAUGCCUCAGCUAGGAAUAAUUUGGCUGGCAUUGCAAGUGACUUUCCCAGCAUGUGUCUAGAAAGUAAUCUCUCUUCCUGCAAACACCUGCCCUGUUGUGGAAAGCUCCAUUUCCAGUCAUGUCAUGGUAACGUGCAUCAGCUGCAUCAGUUCCCGGCUCUCCAGGGCUGCACCUCCGCUGGCUAUUUCCCCUGUUCUGAGUUCACAAGUGGGGCUCCCGGGCAUUUGGAAGAGCACGUUUCACAGUCGGAGCUAACGCCUCACUUGUGCACCAACUCUUUGCACCUAAAUGUGGUACCUCCGGUUUGUUUAAAGGGCUCCCUUUACUGCGAAGACUGUCUAAACAAGCCGGCAAGAAAUAGUGUAAUUGAUGCUGCUAAAGUCUGGCCAAAUAUACCACCUCCAAAUACUCAAACUGCACCUGUUACUAUUCCUCUGUGUAAUGGCUGUGGAACCAAAGGAACAGGCAAGGAGACCACGUUGUUAUUGGCGACCAGUCUAGGCAAAGCUGCUUCGAAAUUUGGGUCACCAGAAGUUGGACUAGCUGGACAGGUGCUAGAAAACUUACCCCCCAUUGGAGUGUUUUGGGAUAUUGAAAAUUGCUCAGUUCCCUCUGGCCGUUCAGCUACUGCUGUUGUACAGAGAAUCCGUGAGAAGUUUUUUAAAGGCCACAGAGAAGCAGAAUUCAUCUGUGUGUGUGACAUCAGUAAAGAAAACAAAGAAGUUAUUCAAGAGCUGAAUAAUUGCCAGGUAACCGUUGCCCACAUCAAUGCUACUGCAAAAAAUGCUGCUGAUGAUAAACUUCGCCAGAGUCUCCGAAGGUUUGCAAAUACUCACACCGCUCCAGCCACUGUAGUUCUUGUGUCAACUGAUGUCAAUUUCGCAUUGGAACUUAGUGACCUGAGACACAGGCAUGGUUUCCACAUAAUUUUGGUCCAUAAAAACCAGGCCUCAGAAGCACUGCUGCAUCAUGCUAACGAGCUGAUCAGAUUUGAAGAAUUCAUUUCGGACUUGCCCCCCAGGUUACCACUAAAAAUGCCACAGUGCCACACUCUGCUCUAUGUUUAUAACCUACCAGCAAAUAAAGAUGGCAAGAGCAUCAGCAACAGGCUCAGACGCCUGUCCGAUAAUUGUGGUGGGAAAGUGCUGAGUAUCACAGGCUGCAGUGCCAUUCUCCGCUUCAUAAACCAGGAUAGCGCAGAGCGGGCUCAGAAGCGCAUGGAAAAUGAAGAUGUCUUUGGUAAUAGGAUCAUUGUGUCAUUUACUCCAAAAAAUAGAGAACUCUGUGAAACAAAGAGUUCAAAUGCAAUUACCGAUAAAGUGAAGUCUCCAAAAAAACUUAAGAAUCCAAAAUUGUGCCUCAUCAAAGAUGCAAGUGAACAGCCUUCCAGUGCCAAAGCCACGCCUGGAAAAGGGUCGCAGGCAAAUUCUGGAUCUGCUACAAAAAACACAAAUGUGAGAAGUUUACAGGAGCUGUGCCGCCUAGAGUCAAAGACUGGUGUUAGAAACAGUGAGCCCCAGCAGGGUACCCUGAGGCUGGUGGCACCGGCUCACAGAAACUCGAGUGCUACCGCGCCCACACCUAAAAGCUCGGGCAUGGCAGAAUCUGUUUAUAAAACCAAUCCGAAAAAAGAGAGCCUCAGUGCCCGAAGUGUUACCAGUUCUCCUGUAGAGAAGAAAGAUAAAGAGGAGACUACGUUCCAAGUGAGUUACCCAUCGGCUUUUAGCAAGUUGAUUGCAUCAAGACAAGUUGGUCCUCUGCUCACACCUCAGUCUUGGUCUUCUCGCAGGAGUAUGUCUCCAAACCUUUUACACAGAGCAUCCCCACUGGCUUUCAACAUUGCAAAUUCGGGCUUUGGUGCUGACUGCCCAGACCCAUUUGCUAAUGGUGCUGACAUCCAGAUCAGCAACAUAGACUACAGAUUAUCCCGGAAGGAGCUGCAGCAGCUCAUGCAGGAGGCAUUUUCCAGGCAUGGCAAGGUGAAGAGUGUUGAGCUCAGCCCCCAUACGGAUUAUCAGCUCAAGGCUGUUGUUCAGAUGGAAAAUUUACAAGAAGCAAUCAGCGCGGUGAACAGCCUCCACAGAUACAAAAUUGGCAGCAAGAAGAUCCUGGUCUCACUGGCCACAGGAACUGCUAAUAAAUCACUCUCUUUACUGAGUGCAGAAACAAUUUCUAUUCUUCAAGAUGCUCCUGCCUGUUGUCUGCCUCUUUUUAAAUUUACAGAUAUCUAUGAAAAAAAGUUUGGACACAAGUUAAAUGUGUCGGAUUUAUAUAAGUUAGCAGACACGGUCGCAAUCCGUGAACAAGGAAACGGAAGACUGGUGUGUCUCCUACCCAGCAGUCAAGCCCGCCAGAGCCCCUUGGGGUCUUCCCAGUCACACGAUGGCUCCUCGACGAAUUGCAGCCCAAUUAUAUUUGAAGAGUUAGAAUAUCACGAACCUGUCUGCAGACAGCAUUGUUCCAAUAAGGAUUUCAGUGAACAUGAAUUUGAUCCAGACUCCUAUAAGAUUCCUUUUGUGAUUCUCUCUUUGAAGACGUUUGCGCCCCAGGUUCAUAGUCUUCUGCAGACACAUGAGGGCACUGUGCCUUUAUUAAGCUUUCCAGAUUGUUAUUCCGCAGAGUUUGGUGAACUAGAAGUAGUGCAGGAAAACCAGGGGGGUGUUCCCUUAGAACACCUCAUCACCUGUGUUCCAGGUGUGAACAUUGCCACUGCACAGAAUGGCGUCAAAGUGGUGAAAUGGAUUCACAACAAGCCCCCUCCUCCCAACACAGACCCUUGGCUUCUGCGUUCUAAAAGUCCUGUGGGUAACCCCCAGCUGAUCCAGUUCAGUAGAGAAGUGAUUGACUUACUGAAGAGCCAACCAUCCUGUGUCAUACCAAUUAGUAAUUUCAUCCCAUCUUAUCACCAUCAUUUUGCAAAGCAGUGCCGGGUAUCAGACUAUGGCUAUUCCAAGCUGAUUGAGUUAUUAGAAGCAGUGCCUCAUGUCUUGCAGAUCCUUGGAAUGGGCUCCAAACGCUUGUUGACCCUUACCCACAGGGCCCAGGUGAAGCGCUUCACUCAGGAUUUACUAAAACUUCUCAAAUCCCAGGCCAGCAAACAGGUCAUUGUGAGAGAAUUCUCGCAGGCUUAUCAUUGGUGUUUCUCAAAGGACUGGGAUGUCACCGAAUAUGGCGUCUGUGAGUUGAUUGAUAUUUUAUCAGAAAUCCCAGACACAACCAUCUGCCUGUCCCAACAAGAUACCGAAAUGGUGAUUUGUAUCCCCAAAAGAGAACGUACCCAGGAUGAAAUAGAAAGGACAAAACAGUUCUCCAAGGAUGUGGUUGAUCUGCUGCGGCACCAGCCGCAUUUCCGGAUGCCCUUUAAUAAGUUCAUCCCCUCUUACCAUCACCACUUCGGCCGGCAGUGCAAACUCGCCUACUAUGGGUUUACCAAACUACUUGAACUUUUUGAAGCCAUACCUGAUAUUUUACAAGUAUUGGAAUGUGGAGAAGAGAAAAUCCUGACUUUGACAGAGGUAGAACGAUUCAAAGCUCUGGCUGCCCAGUUUGUUAAACUCCUUCGGUCCCAAAAAGAUAACUGCCUUAUGAUGACAGAUCUGCUCACAGAAUAUGCUAAAACCUUUGGUUACACAUUUCGUCUCCAAGACUAUGAUGUCAGUUCAGUUUCGGCUUUAACACAGAAACUCUGCCAUGUUGUAAAGGUUGCUGAUAUGGAGUCUGGCAAACAGAUUCAGCUGAUCAACCGCAAGUCCCUGCGCUCUCUCACUGCCCAGCUGCUGGUGCUGUUGAUGUCUUGGGAAGGAGCCGCCCAUCUUUCCGUUGAUGAGCUCAAGAGGCAUUAUGAAACUACCCACAGUACUCCGCUCAACCCCUGUGAAUAUGGCUUCAUGACCCUGACGGAACUUCUGAAGAGUCUGCCUUACUUAGUUGAGGUUUUUACUAAUGAGAAGAUGGAGGAGUGUGUGAAGCUCACAAGCCUGUAUUUGUUUGCCAAGAACGUGCGGUCUUUACUUCACACUUACCACUACCAGCAGCUUUUCCUUCACGAAUUUUCCGUGGCCUAUACCAAGUAUGUCGGAGAAACACUACAACCCAAGACAUACGGCUACAGCAGUGUGGAGGAGCUCUUGGGAGCAAUCCCACAGGUCGUCUGGAUAAAGGGACAUGGUCACAAGAGAAUUGUAGUAUUAAAGAAUGACAUGAAAAGUCGUCUGAGUUGCCUCGGUCUUUCCCCUGCCGACCCUGAAAACCAGCCCUCAGCUACUGAGCGUAUCCUGGAGGUGCCCGAAUCGUGUACAGCCUCGGAACUCAAACUUGAAGCGAGUAGCGAGGGGCCCCAUCACACGGAGCCCGAGCUUCUGCACCUGACCAGUGACUCCCCUGUGGACCUCCUGUGUGCACCCGUCCCCUCGUGCCUGCCGUCCCCGCAGCUGAGACCAGACCCUGUCAUCCUCCAGUCUGCGGAUCUCAUUCAGUUUGAGGAACACACUCAAGAGCCUUCUGAAAUUCGGAUUUUAAACCAAGAAGAGAAUGUUGAAAUUCCGGUACCAGGAAAGAAUGAAAUCCCAGCCUCUGAGUCCAGCUUCUCGUGUGCCCCAGCAGCUGUCCCGGUGCCUCCAUGCCCCGCCCCGGAAACCCCGGAGUCGCCGCUCAGCAAGGACCCUGUGGAGAGCCCAGCCAGAAAGCAACCCAAAAAUAGAGUAAAAUUGGCAGCCAACUUUUCCUUUGCACCUAUAACCAAGCUUUGACUCUCGUUUUGAACAUAGAAUUAGGAUGGGAAAACACUGUCUGAUUCUGCACACAAAAGUGGGUUAAGUAACACAGCCUUUUCUGUUCA